AAUCAAUAAAGUCGCAAAACCGAAAUCCUUGAAUCCUCGCUCUGACAAAAAGAAGCAGAAAGAUCUCCUUCUUCAGUCCAUUCUUUCAAACGGUUUCGAUAUACAUCCCUGUUCUUAUUGCAAUAGUCGAGGCCUGUAAUCGUAUAUUGUUUCUCCUUACGAUUCAUUCUGUUGCUCGGAGUGCGUUUCCCAGAAUCGCGCUAAGUGCGAUGUUCUGGAGCUAACGAAUGCUGCUGAACUCCUUCUUACCUCUACUCAGCAUCGAAAGCUAGAGGAUGAGAUAGAAGAGUUGGAGUUGAAGUUGCUUCGACUGCAUCAACAAAAGAAGAUGUGGCAUGAGAGGAUAUCUUGGGCUAUUCAUCGAGGUCUUAAGAACCUUGAAGAGCUUGAGAAAGAGGAGGCUGAGGAGGCUGAGGCUGAGAGGGUGCGUGUUGCUGCUGAAGUGCAGGCUGUGGUAGCUGAGGAAUCUGCUGUUGUAGCUGGAGAUUCUUCUCUUGAAGGUUUUGACUGGAAUUCUGUGGAUUUGAGAGAUUCUGUGGUAGAUUGGUCGAGCUUUCUGGAGAGUGAGGUUCCCGAGGCUUCUGAGUCUCGGUCCGGGGCGGAGCGAUCAUCUUAGGUACUGGUUUUCCUUUUCCAAUAUUCAGCUACCUUUUCCUGAGCGUUUUCGAUGUUCUUCCGUAGUUCCCAUGAGUUUUCGCUUGCUGGGUAACCUUUCCAUUUGAUGAGGUAUUCCCUCGUGUUGUCUGUGCUUCUAUGCUUGAGAAUCUUCUUCACUUCGUAUUCUGGUUCAUUGUUUUCUACUUCCGCUGUGUUAUCCGUUAAUAUUUCCUAUGCUGCUAGUUCCAGCAGUAAGACGUGGAAAACCAGAUAUAUUCUUAUCCUAUAAGAUAAUGCUAACUCGUAGUUUACUAGGAAGAUUUGUUGUAAGAUUUUGAAUAGUUC